AUGUCUGUACGUUAUGGCUUUGAAAACCUGGAUCGCAUGAAACGUUUAAAUCAUGGAUCGAGAGACGAUGAGUUGCGUCGCAAGGAAAAUUUCGGGAAGAAUAGGAUUUUAACUGAACGUUUAAACUCAUUUAAACUUGCUGGUGAAACAGGCUUAGACGCACCUUCUUCCCCGAACCCAAAACUACUCUCGACUUCUGCAAAAGUACUAAAUAAGAUUGCCAAGAGUCCCUUUCGAUCCGACACUUUGAAAGAAGAACCACGCUCGGUGGAUCCUCAUGUUCUUGUUCGGGCACCCUAUCGCUCUAAACAAGCUCGUUCUUGGCGUUCUAAGUGCUCUCAAAAUAAUCGUGCGCCACGUCCUUCGAACAUGUUUUCCAAAAGAAACAGCUUUGAAGCUACUGAUAUGAAAAGAACAAACUCCCUUCCUAGUAUGCCCCGUCCGUCUUAUUUACCUCCUCCGAAGUCUUCAGUUGUUUGUGUUUCGCUUGUUGUACAACCAAAUGGGGCUGCAUCUUUGGUUUCAGAAGAUAUGAAUGAGAUGUCUAAAAGCGAGUCAAACAAAAUCAAUCUCAAUUCAAUGAAUUCACUCGAAAGUGAUUUUUUAUCUACAAAUCUUACUAGUAGUUCCGAUUUUAUUUCGAGUGAUCUGGCAGAACCUUACAGUUUCAUAGACGAUUUGGGGAUAGGUAUGCAGCGUUCCGCAACAUGGACACCUGGUUUUAAGUCUUUUCAUAAUGAAACACCUUCAAAAUUUUUGAAUUGCCAGUCAGAAUUUCCUUUAGAGUGUGGAGUACAGGAUGCGUUUUACUCGAAAAAUCCUAUCCAAGUAGAUUUAAUAUCGCCGGGGAAACAAAUAUUUGAGAAUUUCCCAUAUUCGGAUACACUUGAGGAACCCUAUAGUUCGGAAAUGUAUGAAUCGGGAUCAUCUCUGAUGGGUUCUCACUCAGAGCCUGUUUCUGAAUCUGCAACGAUGGGAGGGGAGCCCAUGAGGGUUUGCUUUAGCGAUAGCACACUUUGCGAUGCUCGCGUUGCAGCAAAACAAGCAUUAAUAUCUCGAAAGCGGAGCGAAAAGAGGGAAGCAGUGAAAGAUGCACCCACGACACCUCCUUCCAAAAACAUGCACAAAAACGAUAAUGUCGUUUUAUUUCACAGUAGUCCUUUAUUUGAUCGUUUAGGAAAUUCUUUAUACCACAAUACGAAACCCUCUAAAACCGAAGAACCAUGGUUCCCAAAUUUUGAAAUUUGUUCUGAACCAACCCAGCCAUCAUUUUAUUCCAGUGGCUUUGGUCCAGAGGGAACCGAUGAAUUACUAGACUCAAGUUUUUGUAAUGAUUGGUAA